AUGUUCCUUGUCCUGGGUUUCCUGUUGGCCCUUUUCGGCAGCGGAAGAGCGCUACAAGAGGAGAAAGAGAAGUGGUGGGAUGCAGGCCAGACACAGAUGAAUGUCUGGGAUCACUCUUGGUUGACACCAAGGCUGGUGUGUGGAUUUCGAUUUAUGAGGGUCCCUUUAUCCUCGGGCCUGGAAGGAAAGAUAUUCAUACCUAUCCCUGGAAUAGAUGAGCUGAGUGCAAACUCCAGUGGUGCUGAGAAGACAGAGUCUUCCAGCAGAGACCUUCCAGCAGAUCAGCACCUGUCGUGGGUCUUUGAUGGCACCAGAUUUCAGGAUCGAGCGUCCGAGUUUUACCAAGAAAGGAACCUGCCACCACCCAUGGAGGAUGUUUGGCUUCUUGUGUUGAUUGCGGCAGUUCCCACCACUGUGAAGAACAAUGUCAUGUCCGGUGGUGACAUGAUGGAAUUGCAGUGCUCUGCCAUGGUCUUGCUAUCCAGCUACUUUUUUGCAGAAUACAUGAUAAUGCUGGUGCCACCUGCAGUCCUUCUUAAGUAUUUCCAGCACACCUGGGAGGUGCACAGUCGAGUAGGACAUGUUGAAUCAGCUGAUGAAAUGGUGGGCCACUUCAACUCCUUUGAGCCUUUGGGUCUUGCCAUGGAACGUUUUCAAGAAGCUUUGCAAGCCCGGAGCAAGGUCUUUCAUUGUGACCCGCUCCAGGGCCUGCAGGGUAGGUCAGGCAUAUCUUGCCCACCUCAAAGCCCUGCCUUUGGAGGUUCCCCGGUGCUUCGACCGCUGGUUGAUGUCCUCAUCAUCAGAUGUAGGGAAGACCUUGGCUGGGUGCUUCGUUGGCUGUCUCGAGUCUUGCGAGAUGAAUGGACUCCCGAAGUCGCAGGAGUUACUGUACGGCUGGUCAUCUAUGAGAAGUGCGACCCUCUUGACAAUGAGGUGAAACCAGUCGCUCUUGACGGGCAGCAACUCCUGGCACAACUACUACACAUUGGAGCAAUCCACCCAGGAAGCACAAUCAUUGCUCUCAAGGAGCCAGAAGGCUUUGAACAUGUGGCCUACGUGCACUACUGCAUGUCAAAGAACUGGAGAGAUUCUGACUUUGUCAUAUUCCUCCAUGGUUUUCCUUUCGACCACACCAAUGAGGGGAUGCUCGAUGAUGUUCUCAGGUCCAUGGUGCAGGGAACUUAUGGAGUACCAUUUGUACACUUGAACAUCAAUCGGUUGCCACGGAUUGCGGUGGAGCCCUGCUUGCAAGUCCUCAUUAGGCCCGCACUGGAAGCCUGGCAGGUGUCAGAGCCAACUGCGGUUUCUGAGCUCCCGCUUAGGCCCAAGUAG